AUGACCUAUUAUAGUGAUAAGAUUGAAACCAUUGGCUACAUUGCAGAUCACAAUGCUGAGCAAGUCCGAAAUAUUCUAGGGAUAGAUCAAACCGAUGCCAAUCUUUUAGUUAAAGACAUUCAGGAUGAAAAAAUGGUUGAUAGAAAGGUUUCAAAGCUAUUAAAACUAUUAAUUGAUCGAUUAUCAACUUUAAAUAGAGGAUUACACUCAAAUGAAACUGUUUUGGAUCAAAAACAAUACACAGAUUUUCAAUCUUCAUAUAAAAUCAAAAGUUUAAAUGAUUUAUAUAAUCCGAUUCGUACUAAUUCGAGGAAUGAUGCCUACUCCCAAGGAAAUACUUUGCCUACAACCAAAAGAUCAAUAAUUGAAGAAAUAGAUAAAUCUCGAUCACUAUCAUCAAUGCAAAGUCAAAUUGCCGAAGAUCUUCAAGAACAACUUUUGGAUGUUCAAGAUCAAUUAACAAAAUUACGACAAAAAUAUAUAAAUUCUGAUAAACCCAAGCUUGAAGAUAAGAAUGAAGUCAGUAUUAAAAAAAUACAAUGA